AUGUCGAACCCAAGUGAACACACUUCGGGUGCACCGGAAGCCAAGCAACCCACAGGUAUCUUGCGCAACGCAGCAUCUUACCACCAACCUCACGACACCGUCAUCGCCUUCAACAACGAAAAGGCUGAGAUCGACGACGAUGACGAGGACUCCCGCUCCGAAACCGGUACCUACGAGGAUGCCGUCAGCGGUCGUUGGGGUGAAGGCCCCUCCCGCGUCAACGUCAUCGGUGCCGAGAAGGACUUCAAGAAGCUCGAGCGCCAGCUCACCCGUCGUUCAUCCCUCUACCGCACCCAGACCGGCGAAAAGACUACUAACGACGGCAUGGAUUUCGAUCUGACCAACUACCUCAAGGACAUCAUCCCCCGUGCCCAGGACGCUGGUAUCAAGCGCCGCAACCUCGGUGUUGCCUGGGAGAACCUCGAGGUCAUUGGUGAGGGUGUCGGAGCCCAGUACAUCAAGGACUUUGGUGAUCCCUUCAUCGGUCUCACCAACCUCAUCAACCCUUACUUCUGGGCCAAGAAGGCCUUCUCCAAGUCCGAGGCUGCCCCAAAGUCCAUCACCCGCACGAUUCUUCACCCCAUGAACGGUUUCUGCAAGGACGGUGAGAUGAUUUUGGUUCUCGGUCGUCCCGGUGCUGGAUGCUCGACUCUCUUGCGUGUUCUUGCUAACGAUCGCAAGAACUACAAGGGUGUUGAUGGUGAGGUGACCUAUGGUCCCUUCUCUGCCGAGGAGAUCCGCGACCACCACCGCGGUGAAGUGUUGUACAACCAAGAAGAUGACUUCCAUUACCCUACCUUGACUGUUCGUCAGACUUUGACCACCGCCUUGAAGACCAAGACACCCGGCAAGCGUCUUCCCGAGCAAACACACAAGGAGCAGUUCGUCGACGAGUUCCUGGACGUCCUCACCAAGAUGUACGGCUUGACCAAGCAGGUCGAGACUGUCGUCGGUAACGCCUUCAUCCGCGGUGUCUCCGGAGGAGAGCGCAAGCGUCUCUCGAUUGCCGAGCAGAUGGCCACCCGCUCCUCCGUCAACAUGUGGGAUGGCUCCACUCGUGGUCUCGAUGCCUCUUCGGCCCUCGACUAUGUCAAGUCCCUCCGUGUUAUGACCAACUUGAUGUCCAAGGCCACCAUGGUCUCCAUUUACCAGGCUUCUGAGAACAUCUACGAUCUCUUUGACAAGACCUUGCUUCUCUACGAGGGUCGCUGCAUCUACUUUGGUCCCGCCAACCAGGCCCGCCAGUACUUUAUCGACCUUGGCUUCGACUGCCCUACUCGUCAGACCACCGCCGACUUCUUGACUGCCGUCACUGACUCCCACGAGCGCAAGGCCCGCGCCGGUUUCGAGGGUCGCAUUCCCCAGACCCCCAAGCAGUUCGAGGAUGCCUUCAAGUCCUCGACCUUCCACACCGAUGUCGAGAAGCAGCGUCUCGAGUACCAGGCCUCGGUCAGCGAGCAGAACCCUGUCGCCGACUUCAAGGAGGCUUCCAAGCAGGUCAAGCAGAAGCAUGUCUCGGUCAAGAACCCUUACACCAUCUCCUUUGUCGGUCAGGUCAAGGCCUUGACUGUGCGCCAGGCCCAGCUUACCCGUGGUGACAUGACCUCAGUCAUUUCCCGUUACGCCUCGAACGUCAUCAAGGCCAUUAUUGUCGGAUCCGUCUUCUUCAAGCUGAAGGCCGAUGCCACUGGUACCUUCACACGUGGAGGUGUUUUGUUCUUUGCCCUUCUGUUCAACGCUUUGAUCUCCCAGGCCGAGUUGCCCAUGGCUAUGCAGGGCCGUCCCAUCCUGUACAAGCACAAGAACUUUGCCAUGUACCGUCCCUCUGCCUUUGCCAUUGCCCAGAUCUGUGUCGAUAUCCCUUUGAUCACUGCCCAGAUUGUCCUCUUCGCUGUAGUCCUCUACUUUAUGGCUGGCUUGCAGCUCGAGGCCGGCAAGUGGUUCCUCUUCUGUCUCAUCCUGUUCCUGACUGCUCUUUGCAUGACCGCCUUCUUCCGCAUGUGGGCUGCUGUUAGUGCCACAUUCGAUGCCGCCUCUCGCAACUCUGGUCUUAUCCUCUUGGCCUUGAUCUUGUACUCUGGUUACAUGAUUCCUUACCAAGCCAUGCAUCCCUGGUUCAUUUGGAUCUUCUGGAUCAACCCUCUCGCCUACGCUUUCAAGGCCUUGCUCUCCAACGAAAUGAGAGGACUCAGCUUCGACUGCAGCGGACGCGGUAUGAUCCCCCACGGUCCCACAUACACCCAGCUCCAGUACCAGGUCUGCGGCCUUGCUGGUGCCAAGCCCGGUGAGACCUUUGUCGAUGGUUCCGAUUACCUCUAUGCCGCCUACCGCUACAACACAGAUCAGCUUUGGUACGACGUCUUGGCCAUUGUCCUCUUCUGGCUCCUCUUUGUCGGUAUCACCUGCUACGCCCUCGAGAACAUUGAGUUUGGCAAGGGUGGUUUCUCUACCAACGUCUUUAAGAAGGGAUCCGUCAUUGUUGGAAAGAACGCCGAGGAUGAGGAGUCUCGCCCUGCUGCCUCGGUCUCGACUGUUACUGCCGCUGGUCCUGCCAAGAACAACUCUGGCAUCGAACUUGAGAUGGCCAAGGGAUCCGUUUUUGCCUGGGAGAACCUCGACUAUGUUGUCCCUUACAAGGCCGAUCCUUCGGGCAAGAAGCAGCUGUUGAACGGAAUUGCUGGUCUCGUCAAGCCCGGUACCAUGACUGCCUUGAUGGGUUCGUCUGGUGCUGGAAAGACCACUCUCUUGGAUGUCCUCGCCCAGCGCAAAAACACUGGUACCAUCACUGGUCAGAUCGAGGUCGACGGUGAGCCCCUUCGUCGCGACUUCCAGCGCACCACCGGAUACUGUGAACAGUUGGAUGUCCACGUUCCCGAGUGCACUGUCCGCGAGUCCCUCCAGUUCUCUGCCCGCCUUCGCCAGCCCGCCCAUGUCUCUGAGGCCGAGAAAGAUGCUUAUGUUGAAGAGAUUAUCAACAUUCUCGAGAUGCAGGAUAUUGCCGAUGCUUUGAUUGGUACCACCGAGUCUGGUCUUGGUAUCUCGGUUGAGGAGCGCAAGCGUCUUACCAUUGGAGUUGAACUUGUUGCCAAGCCCAAGUUGCUCUUCCUGGACGAGCCCACAUCCGGUUUGGAUGCCCAGGCCUCGUACAACAUCAUGCGCUUCAUGCGCAAGUUGACCGACCAGGGUCAGGCCAUUCUUUGCACCAUCCAUCAGCCCUCGUCCCAAUUGUUUGAUUUCUUUGACGACCUCUUGCUCCUUGCCAAGGGUGGUCACACCGUCUUCUUUGGUGAGCUCGGUCACGACUCUAAGGACUUGAUCAACUACUUCCAGAAGAACGGCGCACCCACAUGCGCCUCCGAUGCCAACCCUGCCGAGUACAUUCUCGAUGUCGUCAACGCCCGCCACGUCAACCUUGACUGGCCCUCCAUCUGGAGCAAGUCGCCCGAGAGGGAGCAGUUGCUCAAGGACAUCCAAGCCACACGUCGCCCUGCUGGAACUGUUGCCACCCCCUCUGCCCACGAAGAUCUCGAGUACGCCACCAACACGACGACUCAGCUCAAGUAUGUAUUCAGCCGCAUGGCCAUGUCCUACUGGCGACUCCCCCAGUACAACUUUGGUCGGAUCUUCCUCAUGGUCAUCUUUGCCCUCCUCAACGGUUUCUCGUUCUACAAGCUUGGUUCAUCCACCGUCGAUUUGCAGUCACGUGUCUUUGUCAUCUUCCAAAUCAUGGUCCUCGCGGCCCUCCUUGUGAACAUGGUCCAGCCUGUCUUCAUGAUGCAGCGUCAGUGGUACUACCGCGAGUCUGCCGGCAAGUACUACGGUUGGAUGCCCUUCGCCGUCUCGAUCAUCCUCAUCGAAAUUCCUUAUAUCGUCCUCUCGGCCACUGUUUUCUUUGUCAUCUUCUAUUGGACCGUCGGCUUUGUCUCGGACUCGGUCUUGACCUUCUUCACUUGGUUGAUGAUCGUCCUCUUCUGCAUGUUCGCCGUCACCAUCGCCCAGCUUAUCGCUGCCCUGACCCCCGCACCCCAAGUCGCCGCCUUGUUGAACCCCUUCAUUUUCUCGUCUCUCAACCUCUUCUGCGGUGUCAUGAUCUCCAAGGAACUGAUGCCCAAGUUCUGGUCCUCGUGGAUGUACUGGCUCGACCCCUACCACUAUGUCAUCGAGGCCAUUACCACCGUCCAGUUGCACAACGUCCCCGUCAUCUGCAAGAACGACGAGUUCUCGAUCUUCUACCCUCCCGCCGGCCAGACCUGUGGCCAGUAUGCCUCGGCUUUCAUGGAGAAGGCUACCGGUUACAUCAACAACCUCAACGCUACCGACUUUUGCCAGUACUGCCAAUACAAGGUUGGCCAGGACUUUUACGAACCCUUGAGCAUGGACUUUGAUAACCGUUGGAGAAACUUGGGUAUUCUUUGCCUUUACAUCUGCUUCAACAUCUUCAUGGUCCUCGUUGCUAUCCGCUUUGUCCGCUUUGAUCGUCGCUAA